AUGUUGCAGGGCAGCCUCCGCCUGUUCAGUGCUGCAGAGACCGGUGAUUUCGCAGCUUCCUGCUGCCUUGGAUGUCAUUUAGACCACGAAGGAGGUCCUUGCCAGGGGGCCCUGGGUGCUGUGGGUGGCGAGUACAGUGAAGAUGAUGUGAGUGAGUUGGUAGAGGAAGAUGAGGAAGAAAAUUUGAACAAAAGGAAAAAAGGUUCCAAAAGUAUUGCAUGCAGGAAAAGGAAGAAAGGAGGCCUCUUGUUAGAGCCAGGUGACUCUGAGGAGGCAAAGGCUCAACAAGGUGAGAAGGAAGAGGUGGAUAGUCUAAGGCAGGUGGAAGGAGACAGAUCAGAAGAAGAAGAGAAGAAGAAAGAGGAUGCUCUUUGGGCCAGUUUCCUCAGUGAUGUGGGACAGAAACCUAAAACCCUGGCUGCUGCUCAGGUGACCAGUCCACAGACUUGCAAGACUGUAAAGAAGAAUUUGAACAAGUCCCUAAAAGAAGUAGAAGAGCCAGAGGAGCAGAAAGAUAUUGAAAAAGUGACAAUCACCAAAGUGUUUGAUUUUGCAGGUGAAGAGGUCAGAGUGACUAAAGAAGUAGAUGCUGCCUCAAAAGAAGCCAAAUCUUUUCUGGAACAGCAAGAGAAAGAGAAAACUCAGACAGCAAUUCCAGCUUCUCUUCCUACAGUCUCUGGGGUGAAAAGGCCAAGUGGCAUGAACAGCCUCUUGGGGAAGAUUGGCUCCAAAAAGCAGAAGAUGAACACCCUGGAGAAAUCCAGACUGGACUGGGAGAAUUUCAAGGAUGAGCAGGGGAUUGGGGAGGAGUUGGCUAUCCACAACCGAGGGAAAGAAGGGUACAUUGAGAGGAAGGCAUUUCUGGAUCGGGUGGACCACAGGCAGUUUGAAAUCGAGCGCGACAUAAGACUGAGCAGGAUGAAGCCGUGAUGUGGAUGUGGAAGUCCACUCCCCUGUGGACAUGCUGGAGGGUCUGCAGGUGGCUGGCAGCCAUCUACUGAGAACAAAAUGCAAGAACAGUUUUUCUACCCAAGGCUUGACCCCUCUGUCCAAGCAGGUUUUUCUUUUUCCUGUCAUAGUUAGGAGAUGUUUGUCAAUGGGUGGGGGCACUUCAGGGGUUAAAUUGCUCAGCAGAUGACAGUAGCAUAUAGUUCUCUCUGCAGGAGUGACUGGUAUGAUUCUGGUGGGCAGUAUCCAAAAGCUGAAAGCCCUUGGCAGGGAUCCUGUGCCAUCUCUGUACACUUCUGGCAGUGAGAUGGGUCAGGCAGACUUCACACUGCAGCACUGGCACAGACUGCAGGAGUUGGCACAUUUCUGCUUAAACAGGCAAGGUCUAGCACAGCACACAAGGGAGGAGGGAUGUCUCUACAGUACAGCAGUGCCCAAGAGCCUACAGAAGGGAGGAUGAAUUGAGACUUGCAACAUGCUUGAAUACAAAAUAGCCUCCUGGGGUCACCACAGAAAGGUUUCCUGUUCCAGUCUUCUUUUUUUUUUUCAAGACUGCUUGGUAAUUGUGUGUCAUUCAGGCCUGUGGAAUUCCAGGUUUCAUCCUUUCCUCCUCCACUUCUCCAGCAGAGCCAGCUGGGUUUGAUUCUCAGACCUCCCAGCACUCAACUUUCCUCCCGAAGAGUCUGAACUGUGUCUGUUUGUGUGUCUAUUUUUAAGCAAGAAAAUUAAUAAACCCUUCCUCUGUUUUGUUCCCAUUCAAUUUCCCAUGAAGAGGAGAGCAGCAGCAGGCAGGUAUGGGGGGCUGAGUCCAACCAUUCAGACUAAUAAAGUAUUAUAUAUGGA